GGCAUCGGCGGGACCGAGAGCGAGACCGAUCCAAUUCCCACGGCUCUCUCUGCCCGCGCGACAAUCCAUUCCAGUCUCGAGGGCGAGUGGGGGUGGGCCGGUGGGGUCGGCGUCGCGCCGAUUGACCGCAUCGGAUCCGGGCACCAGAUAGUCCGAGGGCUACGUACGCCAGCGCACACCUUGGCCUGGAUCCUGUGAUGGGACUCCAGAUCUCAAGCUCCCAUCUCUAUCCAAUUUUUUAUUAUUACUGUCCCGCUGCUCGAUCGACUGGUUUCGCAACUGGGAAAAAAUUAUACUUCAAGUAGUAACGAUCAGCAGUUCAGCACAAGCCAUGAAGCCAGCUUCCUCAGGAUCAUCGUAGUAUACUGAUUCGCUGGAGCAAGUUGACAGAUUUUUUUGUUGUUGUUGCUGUUGUUGAUCAUACAGGUUGUCGACAGUUUCCUCAGGAUCAUCGUCAAAUCGUCAUCGGUGGAGCAUAUGGCGGCGCACGCACACUUGCUAGGUCAAAGCUAGCGAGCUAGCGGCCUAUUCAUUCAAUCUCUUUACGUAUUCGUUUAUUUAUUUAUUAUUACAAAAGCAAGAAAGGAAAAAACCCCAAAAGCUAGCGGCGCGCGCACAUGCUGUUCUUUUUUCUUUUUUGUUGACCAACGAGGUGAUAGAAUAGAAGCAGUGUUUCCAUGCCCAAUCUCAGCCUCUCACUGUUGUGUCUCCACGUAUUAUUCAUAUGUAAGUAGUCGCUUGCAUACCGUGCAAAAAACAAAAAAAAAAAACAAAGGUGUACAAACACCGAAGCGAGUGGAACGUGCCUUUUGGUUUUGGAAUUUGGAUGGAGCGCAACGACGACGACCUUUCUUUCUUAUCGGGUGAUGAAAGCGAGCGUACCAGCAAAGAAAGGCAUAUCCAUGGGGAGCUGCUGAUCCAGCGAUCCGCCCGAGCUCAAAAGCCUGAAGCUGAAGCAAAGCAAAAGCAACGAGGAGUGGAGAAAAAAAAAAAAGAGGCGCCGCAGCGAGGUCGAGGUGAUUAUUAUUUAGGCACAAGGGGCGCUGUCCGGAAAUUCCCCAAAUCGACCUGGGCUGGACCCAGCCGCGCCCCGUCUGCCUCCUGCUUCUCUCUCCGCUUCCGCUUCCUGCGCCUCCAGGCUCCACUUCUCCGCUCGGCAGUCGGCACUGGAAGGACAGCAUGUCGGUCUCGGCGUCGUCACCGGCGGCGGCGGCGGGCGAUGAGAAGCAGGAGGCGGCGCCCGUCAGGCGCUGCAAGGGCGUCAACGACCUCGACAAGGUCGUUCUCCGCGAGGUCCGGGGCAGCUCCGCAGAGGUGUACUUGUAUGGUGGGCAUGUGACAUCAUGGAAAGAUGAGCAUGGAGAUGAAUUACUUUUUGUUAGCAAUAAGGCUAUUUUCAAGCCUCCAAAAGCUAUACGUGGAGGAAUACCAAUAUGCUUUCCGCAGUUCUCCAACUUUGGGAAUCUGGAACCACAUGGAUUUGCAAGGAAUAGGACAUGGAGUGUUGAUGAUGAUCCUCCACCAUUUCCAGUGCCAACCUCCAAUAGCGCUUAUAUUGACUUGAUCCUCAAACCUACUGAAGAUGAUUUGAAGAUCUGGCCUCAUAGUUUUGAAUACCGCCUGAGGGUUGCACUUAGUCCUGGUGGUGAUUUGAUGCUAACUUCACGUAUAAGAAACACUAAUGCAGACGGGAAGCCAUUCUCUUUCACUUUUGCAUACCACACAUACUUCAAGAUUUCUGAUAUCAGUGAGGUGCGAGUAGAAGGAUUGGAAACUCUGGAUUACCUAGACAACUUACAAGAUAGAGCUCGUUCCACUGAACAAGGCGAUGCAAUUGUUUUUGAAUCCGAACUGGACAGAAUAUAUCUGGGCACACCAUCGAAAAUUGCCAUUAUUGAUCAUGAGAAGAAAAGAACAUUUGUUGUGAGGAAAGGAGGCCUUCCUGAUGCUGUUGUUUGGAACCCCUGGGAUAAAAAAGCAAAGGCUAUGUCAGAUUUUGGGGAUGAUGAAUAUAAACGAAUGGUAUGCGUGGAGGCGGCUGCUAUUGAAAAGACUGUCACUCUGAAGCCUGGUGAAGAGUGGACUGGAAAGUUGGAACUUUCUGCUGUGCCAUCUAGCUAUUACAGUGGUCAGCUAGACCCUGACCGUGUGAUUCAGGAUUCCACUGUCCCGGAGGACUCCAUCAGCUAGUCCUUAUUCUAUUUUUGCAGGUUUAUGUUUCCAACGAUGCAGGUAGAGCAUUGUAUCAUUAUGCAUAAGAGAUGCUGGCAACAAGGGCUGUCCACAUGUUUCUUCCAUUCUGUUCAAAUCUUCGGUGUUUUUUUAUUCCGAAUGCAUAUCCGAACCAAGGAAUGUGAAAUUGGUUUCCGCUUUUUGAGGAUCUAUGUAGCAUAAUGGAUAAGUCGGUGUUUCGUACCCUAUUUAGGGAUGCUUGAAGCAAGAAACAUCUUCAUGGGUUGUAAAAUAAAAGAAAAAUUAUCUUUAUAUUUGAUCAAUUCUUUUGCCUUAAAA